UUUUACUUUAGUUUCUCUUCAAAGUAAGAGUGGAAGUGAAAUCAUCCAAAAUUCCAAAUCUUAGUUGGAAUCUUUCGUUCUUUUUUCCUUUUUUGGAUUAUCUUCUCUGCUACAAGUUUCUUCUUUGGAACUGAGUUGUUCUUUCUCUUUGCUCUUCACAAAUCGGAGUUUUAAUCGUGAAGAAGUGUAAUUUCUCCGACCAAAAUUGGUACUUUUAUCUUCUGGGCAGCUAUAAAGGUUCGUUUUUUAGAAGCUGUAACAACCCGAAGCAAAUAAAGGAUUAGAAAGUAACUAAUCCUUUGUGGUAGGUUCAUUCAGAUUCUUGUAUAUGGCGAAUCCAACAUCUUGAAAUUUGCUAGUUCUUAGAAAGAUGGCUCUGCCUUUUAUGAUAACUGCUUUGGCGCUUGCCUGUCUAUGGUCAUCUGUGUCACCUGAUGAUCAAGGGGAGGCUUUAUUUGCUCUGAGGACCUCGUUACGUGCAUCUCCUCAACAGCUAAGCGACUGGAACCUGAACCAAGUAGAUCCUUGUACUUGGUCUCAAGUUAUUUGUGAUGAGCAGAAGCAUGUUACUUCUCUAACCUUGUCUUACAUGAACUUCUCCUCGGGAACUUUAUCUUCAGGAAUAGGAAUCUUGAAAACUCUCAAAACUCUUACAUUGAAGGGAAAUGGAAUUACUGGUGAAAUACCAGAAUCUAUUGGGAAUCUUUCUAGCUUGACAAGCUUGGAUUUAGAGGACAAUCAACUCUCUGGUCCCAUACCAUCCACGCUUGGUAAUCUCAGUAACAUCCAGUUCCUGACCCUGAGUAGGAACAACCUAAAUGGAACUGUCCCUGAUUCACUCACUGGCCUCUCAAAACUGAUAAAUAUUUUGCUCGACUCAAACAAUCUCAGCGGUGAGAUUCCUCAGAGUUUAUUCGACAUUCCAAAAUACAAUUUCACAGCAAACAACUUGACUUGUGGUGGCAUUUACCCUCACCCUUGCGUAACCGUGUCCAAUCCUUCAGGUGAUUCAAGCAAUUCAAAAACCGGAAUCAUCGCAGGAGUUGUUAGCGGGAGCACAGUGAUUCUCCUUGGAUUCUUCUUGUUUUUCUUCUGCAAGGAUAAACAUAAAGGAUACAGACGUGAAGUGUUUGUAGAUGUUGCAGGUGAAGUAGACAGAAGGAUUGCGUUUGGACAGUUGAGAAGAUUUUCAUGGAGAGAGCUUCAACUGGCGACAGAUGAGUUCAGUGAAAGCAACGUUCUUGGACAAGGAGGCUUUGGGAAAGUAUACAAAGGAGUGCUUUUGGAUGGCACCAAAGUCGCAGUGAAGAGAUUAACUGACUUUGAACGACCAGGAGGAGACGAAGCUUUCCAGAGAGAAGUUGAAAUGAUAAGUGUAGCUGUUCAUAGGAACCUGCUUCGCCUUAUAGGCUUUUGCACAACACAGACCGAACGCCUUUUGGUGUAUCCCUUCAUGCAGAAUCUAAGUGUUGCAUAUCGGUUAAGAGAGAUAAAACGAGGGGAACCAGUUUUGGAUUGGUUCAGGAGGAAACAGAUUGCUCUAGGUGCAGCAAGAGGACUUGAGUAUCUUCAUGAACAUUGCAAUCCGAAGAUCAUACAUAGAGACGUGAAGGCUGCUAAUGUGUUACUAGAUGAAGAUUUUGAAGCAGUGGUUGGUGAUUUUGGUUUAGCUAAGUUGGUAGAUGUUAGAAGGACUAAUGUGACCACUCAGGUCCGUGGAACAAUGGGUCACAUUGCACCUGAAUGUAUAUCCACAGGGAAAUCAUCAGAGAAAACCGAUGUUUUUGGGUAUGGAAUCAUGCUUCUUGAGCUUGUAACUGGACAAAGAGCCAUUGAUUUCUCGCGGUUAGAGGAAGAAGAUGAUGUCUUGUUGCUAGACCAUGUGAAGAAGUUGGAAAGAGAAAAGAGACUUGGAGAUAUUGUAGAUAAGAAGCUUGAAGAGGAUUACAUAGAGGAAGAACUAGAGAUGAUGAUACAAGUGGCUUUGUUGUGCACACAAGCAGCACCGGAAGAAAGACCAGCUAUGUCGGAAGUUGUGAGGAUGCUUGAAGGAGAAGGGCUUGCAGAGAGAUGGGAAGAAUGGCAGAAUCUUGAAGUGACAAGACAAGAAGAGUUUCAGAGGCUGCAGAGGAGAUUUGAUUGGGGUGAAGAUUCGAUAAACAAUCAAGACGCCAUUGAAUUAUCUGGUGGAAGAUAGAAAUAUACUUUUGAUUUUCAAAGGUGACACUCUUGUGAUUCAAACUGUAAAGUAGAUGAAGAUUGAUUUUUUAAAACAUCAGUGAAGUUUACAUAUAGAAUGUUCGUAUGAAGAAUAUAAACAACAUGUAUGAGUUAUAUAAUACAACAAGACAACAUGUACAUUCUAAGACA